AUGGCUAGUCCUCCUGUUCUAGCUUUCGACGCCGAGGGCCGUCCGGUCAAAUUCGAAACCUGGCUAGAUGACCUGCACCUUUUCCUACAGCUCACUGCCAAGGAAGAUAUUACACUGUACGACCACGCUCUCGGCCAUGCGACCGCCCCACUCGCUACUGCCCCCCCAGCUGAGCGCUCACAGUGGCAGACCCGUGACGCGCACGCUCGCUUUGCUAUUCGCAACUCCCUGCCGCUAGAUGAGCGCGAGCACUUCGGCCAGUGCAAGACUGCUAAGGACCUCUACACAGCUGUAGUGGCCCGCUACUCCUCACCCGCUUCUGCCACGCUAGGCCGCCUCACUCUCCCCUACCUGUUCCCCGACCUAGCCUCCUUUCACACUGUCGCAGACCUCAUCACCCACCUUAAGACUAGUGAGGCUCGCUUUCGCGCUGCCAUGCCUGACGAGUUCCUCGCUAGCAACCCCCCCCCGCUCUGGAUCACUCUCUACCACGUUGUCACCCGCCUCCCUGACUCUCUGCGCCCUGUCAGGGACCAGUUCCUCUCUCGCUCCCCCACUGAGCUCACCGUAGACCUCCUCGAGAAGGAACUGCUUGCAGCCGAGGCUAGUAUCGUCGCUGUAGGCACCUCUCGUGGCGACCCCCGCGGCCCCUUCUUUGAGGGGUGCUCCCCUUCCCCCCUCCUCCCCUCUGUCGCCUCUGCUGCUGCUGUCGACCUCCUUGGUGCUGAGAAGGUCGGGGCUGCGUCUGCUUCAGGCGGACGACGCAGGGGCAGGAGUGGCAGGAGUGGGGGUGGUGGCGGAGGAGGCGGGGGUGGAGGUGGUGGCGGUGGAGGUGCGACUGGAGAGGCUAGUGGCGGCAGUGGUGGAGGUGACAGCGGCGUUGGGAGUGGUGACAGGGGCGGAGGUGGCAGCGGAGGCGGAGGUGGUCGUGGCAGCGGCAGGGGUGGAGGUGGCCGGGGCGGAGGCGGAGGGGGUGGUGGUCGUGGAGGCCCGGGGGGCGGUCAGAGUCAGCAGCCUGCCCCGACCCUUCAGGCCGCCCGUGAGUGGUAUGCGCGGCGCAGCGUCACCUGCCAGUACGUUAUUCGUACAGGUGACCGCACUGGCCAGACGUGUGGGGGGCCGCACCAGACGGAGCGCUGCUUCGCCCGCCUCAACGAUGCGUGGCGCACCCAGUUUCCUGGUGGGGGUGAGCUGCCGCGCUGGGCUGAGCUGCUCAGGAAGGGUGUUGAUAUUUGGGCACUAGACUUUGAUGCUAUUCUCACUGCCAUGUAUGCGAUGUCUAUUAGUGGAGAGGGUGCUCAGUACUUGCGUGUUCCGCCCGACCCGGGCAUUCAGGCCAGCCCCGCUGCUGCUCUAGGUGCUAGUGUGUCUGCUUCCACAGGUACUACUGCAGCUGCUGCUCUAGGUGCUUGUGCGUCUGUGCCCCCUGGUACUGAGUCGACUGCAGCACUGCACACCUUCACACUGGACUCAGGUGCUUCUCGCUCUUUCUUUCGUGACCGCACUGUCCUUGAGCCUCUAGCUCGGCCGGUUGCUGUCUCUCUUGCUGACCCCUCUGGGGGUCCGGUCCUUGCGACCUCCUCCACCACCCUUCCGUGUCCAGCGGUUCCGUCCGGCACGCUCUCAGGUCUCUACCUCCCCUCGUUCUCCACGAACUUGGUGGCAGGUAGUGCGCUCCAGGACGGGGGUGUUCACCAGUUCACCCCUGCCUACGAGCGUGUGACUCACUGCACGUGUGCUCGGACGGGCCGCCACCUAGCUACUUUCACUCGAGAGCCGGGGUCUGACCUGUACACACUGACCACUGAGUCCCCUCAGGUAGCUGCGUCUGCGUCAGCGUCAGGUCAGCUGUCCGCCCCCUGCUCGUGUCGCUCUCUGGCGAACGACACCGUCCUCUGGCACCACCGCCUUGCGCGCCGCUCCUCACUCCUCCUCCUUUCCCCCGACGACCGCUCCCCUGCAGACGCUCCACAUGGACGUGUGGGGCCCAGCCCGCGUCCGUGGUCAGGGUCAGGAGAGAUACUUCCUGAUAGUUGUUGA